AUGGCAGCAAGGGAAAAGAAGUCGCCUCUCACCAACUUGAUCGCUGGUGGUACCGCCGGUUUCAUGGAGGCCCUGAUCUGCCACCCUCUCGACACCAUCAAAGUCCGUAUGCAACUCGCCAAGAGCAUCCCCAGGAACGCUGCUGGAGCCAAGUUGUCGUUUGUGGGAGUCGGAAUGAAGAUUGUUCAGAAGGAGUCGCCAUUAGCUUUGUACAAGGGUCUCGGUGCCGUCACAGCGGGUAUUGUCCCUAAGAUGGCUAUCCGUUUCACGACCUUCCAGUUCUACAAGGACUUCAUGAUCGACAAGAACGGCACUCCCUGGAAGCUCAACAACCUCUGGGCUGGUCUGUUGGCUGGUGUGACCGAGGCAGUGUUGGUGGUGACACCCAUGGAUGUGGUCAAAAUUCGUCUUCAGGCACAGCGUCACUCGAUGGCUGACCCCCUCGACAUCCCCAAGUACCGCAACGCCGGCCACUGCGCCUACACCGUCGUCCGCGAGGAAGGUUUUGGAGCACUGUACCGCGGAGUCGGUCUGACCUCACUGCGUCAGGCCUCGAACCAGGCUGCCAACUUCCCGACAUACCACUUUCUGAAGGGCUACCUCCAGCGCACCCAGGACAUCAAGGAGUUGCCCGGAUACCAGGCUGCCAUCAUUGGAUGCAUCUCGGGAGCCAUGGGACCCCUUGUCAACAACCCUAUUGAUAUUGUCAAGACCCGUAUCCAAAGGACCCCCAACCCCGAGGGUCUCGGCGGCUGGGCUCGUUUCAAAGAGGUCAAUGGCGCCAUUCUGAAGAACGAGGGUUGGAGAGCCUUUUACAAGGGUGUCACACCUCGUGUCCUCCGUGUUGCCCCCGGUCAGGCUGUUACCUUUGCCGUCUACGAGCGUGUCUCGAGCUGGUUGGAUACUAACUCUGACACCUUCAAGUUAACCGCCACCGCCAAGUAG